ACUCCUUUCACUUUCUAGUUUCUAACCGCUAUCCAUGGGGAGAAUAACGACGUUGAGAGAUCUCAUAGGAGUUAUCAAAGACAAGGCUUCAGCAUCCAAAGCCGCUUUUGUUUCCACCCCUGAAACAAUCUCCCUCCGCCUCGCCGUCCUCCGUGUCACCGCCCACAUGCCCUCCACGCCACCAAACGACAACCACAUCUCCGCCCUACUCGCCCUUGGAGACAGCUCACGCACCACUGCCUCCGCCCUCAUCUCCUCCCUCAUGGACCGCCUCCACCGCACCAGCAACUCCACUGUAGCGCUGAAGUGCCUCCUAACCCUCCACCACAUCAUUAAGCGUGGACCCUUUAUUCUUCAAGACCAGCUUUCUAUUUUUCCUGCCGCCGGUGGAUACAACUACCUCAAACUCUCCUCCUUCCGCGACGGUGCGACCGCUUUCACGUGGGUUUUGUCUGCAUGGGUGAGAUGGUACGCGCGUUACAUUGAAUCCCUGCUCUCAACUUCUAGGGUUUUGGGUUACUUCUUGGGAUCAACUUCAUGCAGCAUGGAAAGAGAUAAGCAAGAAGAAAGAAUUUCAUCUUUCUUGAGUCAAGAUUUAGUCAGAGACAUUGAUUCAUUGGUUGGAAUGAUUGAAGAAAUAUGCAAAGGACCUGAUCCCAGCUUUGUCGAAGGGAACAAGUUAUUGUACGAGGUGAUCAAUUUAUUGAGCAAUGAUUAUUUGUCGGCGGUUAACGAAAUUCUGUCACGGCUCAGUGAGUUCAAUCUGCGACUCAGCGGUCUGAGUUUCGCUGAGUCGGUCGAGUUAGUAUGUGCCCUAAAGAGAUUAGAAGACUGUAAGGAGAAAUUAUCAUUGCUAUUUCCAGUCAAGAAGCCUUCCACGGAGAAUUUAUGGGUCUUGGUUAGUGAAUUGAGAGAAAAGACUGAUAAAUUGAAGGUGUACAAGGAGGAAAAGAAGUUGUUAACAUGGGGAAAAUGUGACAAGGGGAGUGAGUCAGCUCGGUUUGUGAUGAAGCGGGAUGACUCGGUUCAAUUUUCUUCGGGGAGACUCGGUGGAAAUAAAUUGGCUUUGUUCGUGGUGGAAUCCGGUGAGGCCACCACUUUAUGAUCCGUAUUUGUUGAUUGAGAUUGAAAGAUGUUGUAAUUUUGGAGUUAGAUACCUCCACGUUUUGUCCAUAUUAAACCAGUCAACUAGGUUUGUGAUGACUGAUGUGUACAUAUACAUGUAGCCAAAUCAUAUGGAACUCGUCUUCUUCAUUAUAGGGUGAGAUUGAAUUUUGAUGUAUACAUGCAACCUAGAUUCACGAUUUUAGCAGAAGUUUUGGUUAAAUAGGCUCUCAAAUGAAGCUUCUUGAAUUCCACA